AUGGAGUUUUUAACGAGUUCAUUGGAUUCGUUAAUUCAAUCUAAAGCUUUUUGCUCCUACGGGAAAGGCUUAGCGUUGAAUUUAGCCCUUCUCGAAGAUAUACUUCCAACAUUAAUUCACUCCCUAUGUCCAGAAACAACUAUACGAACAUUUGUUGCUCUAAAAGAGUUUGUGAUAACUCAGUUACUUGGAGAAAAAAAUUUACAAAUUAAAAUAAAUAGUAAGAAUGUAAUGCAAAAGCGGAGCUUUGAUAGUAGCAGUAAUACAAUGAUUAAUAUUACUCGAGAACAACAUAAUGUAUUGGUAGAGGAAUGGAAUCCUCGGUUCAAAAAUCUCUGCCUUAGAUUAAUUGAUCUACUCGAACGCCAUAUGUUUCAUUAUGCUUGUUCUAUAGUCAAUUCAACCGAAUGGCCUUUAUUAAGUGUGGAGGACCAGAAUCGUGUUAAUGAAUUUGGCCUCUUCAUUGAAAUGAGAAUGCCUAGAAUUGCCCCACCUCGUCUUUCAAGCGCUUCUAGCCAUAAUUAUUGCAAAAGAUCGUCUUCUGUGGGGAUUUAUUCAAGUCACCCAGAGAGGGAAUUAAUUAGAAAUGAAACAAUAGUAGUGCCGGAAAGGGCUAGGUCAAUGGAAAGGAUAAGAGGAGGAGUUGAUGGACGUGCAGGAAGUAGUAGACGAACUAGUAGACAGAUAAGUGGAGGGUCCUACUCGAGGCCUUCUUCACUAGCUAUUCAGGUCGAAGAGGAGAAUUUAUAUGAAAAUGAUCAAACAAGCAUAGCAACAACAACUACAGUACAACUUGAAAAUGAAUUGACAACUCAAAGUGGCACAAAAAACGAGCAGAAGUUGGAGAAGGAAACAGCAACUAGAAUCCCUGAAAAAACCUCAGAGAAAAAUUCCCCUAAUAAUAAAAAUUCAAAGGAUCCGAAGCAAGAUGAAGAGGAAGAAGUUUUAGAGAAUAUUCAAUCAACAUCGACAACUACAAUUGAUUGUAGUGAUCAAUCCUUACAAAAUUUAGAGAAUCAAAAAAGUUUGAAGGAAAAUGAAUUAUCAAAUACGGAAGUUAAAAAUGAUGAAAAUUUUGCUGAAAAAAUUUCUGAAAAUUUAAUUAUAAAUGAGCAAAUUGAUGGAAAGGAGGGAAGCAAAGAAGAAGAUAUUCAAGCAAAUACAGAUCGAAGGCAAUCCGUUCCUUCACUAACCUUGCGCAAUCGACAACGUACUCAUACAAUAUUAAACGUAGAUAGGAAAUCUAUAGCUGCUGCAGCUCACCAACACAGCAAUGUAUUAAUAGCUAAUAAUGCCUCUAAUACUGAAAUGAAGAAGAAUGCAGCAAAGCCUCAUUCAAUAGUUAGACCAAUGCCUAAAGUGAGUAAUGGACAGGCUACCCUAUCAGCAUCAGAAGCAACAACUCCAGAAUCCUCAUCAACACCUUCCACAAUUCCUUUGGAGAGAAGAGAGAGACGAAAUGUGAAACAACUUACAAAUAUUGCUUCAACUUCAAUUAACAAAUCUGGCAAGAUUGAAACAAAAGUACAAAAAAGACAAACGGGUGGGGUUACUCAAGGAGUAUCACAGCAACAAUCACAACAAAGAGUAGGGCAACAAAAAAGUGGAAUUAAGAAACCAACAACGGUUACUAGAAAAUAAAAAUAUUUUUUUGCGUAUUUUAUUAUGCAUUUGAAGGGAUUAAUAAUAUUAUUUAUAUGCUAUUGUUUUAGAGGAUUAUUAAAUAAAUCCAAAUAUUUGGACAAAGUUUGUGAACACAUAAGUGUUGAACUGAUAUGUUCGAGUGUUCGUCGGAAUAAGGUGGAUCGCUGUUAAAAAUAGUUGGGGUGAAUGGUCAUCUAAUAUUUAGACUUAUACGGACUAACAUUAUCCUAAAUUUGAUGCUUUUUGACCUCCUAAAAAUAAAAAAGAGCAUAAGUGCUAAAUCAUUCUC